UCCGGGGGGCGGCAGCGGCCAAAGCGGAAGCGCCGGCUUGGCUUCCGGUUCCAGGCGGCGACGCGAUGGCGGCGGCGGUGCCGGGCUCGGGCUGCGCGCCGGCCCCGUCCGGCCUCCUAGUGCUGGCCUCGGCGCAGGCCUGGGUGCCGCGCCCGCCUCCCCCGCCGCCGCAUCCGCCUUCCUCAUUGUCCUCCUCCCCCUCGGGCCGGGAAGGGCAGCGGCUCCUCCGGCUCCAACUCAGCGCGGCGCCCGGCCUGGAGCGCUUCCGACUCGGCUUGAGGGGCGGACCGGACUCAGGACCCGAACCGAGCCUUGUUGAGUACAGCCUCAAAGAGAUUUCCUACGAGAUGAAGACUGCCACGUGCCAUGAGUUGAAGGUCUUAGCCCGCCCAGAUUACCCCCUUGUCUUUCACUUUGAGGAGGAGCAUGAGGCGCAGAAGUGGUGGACAGUCCUCAGCAGCUGCCUCUGGGAGGUGCAAAAAGCUACUGAAGGCACCAGUUUGCUGACAGGACGGCCUCCUUCCCACUGCUUGGCUGCUGCGAACUCUCUGCCAGAACCCAAGACCUUUCUGCCCUUGGAGCUUGCCAGGAAAGAAGACCUGGCCCUCCACCUCUCUGCGGUGAUCGAGCUUGGGGAUGAGGAGGCGGCCAUGCAAUGUGCCACAGUGCUUGCUCAACAGCAUGCCACUCUGCGCAUCCUGCUGAAGGAGUCUUGCUACCCUAGAAGUGAGAUCAGCAUGAAGGUGCAGGUGGAAGAUGCCACGUGUUCGACCAGCAUUACCACCCGGGUCCACACGUACACCACCAUUGCAGCACUCAGGCAGAAGGUGUUUCAGGAUUACGGAUUCCACCCCAGUGUCCAGCGCUGGAUUAUUGGCCAGUGCCUCUGUAUGGAAGACCGCACUAUUGGCUCUUACGGGAUCCGGAAGGAUGGUGAUACGGCCUUUCUCUACCUACUCUCGGCAAAGGGUGCCAACCUCUCAUUGCAGUGUUACAAGGAGGAUAAAGACUGGGUGCUGCUGCAGCCGCCCCCUGCCGAUACCACUGAUGCCAAGCACAAAUAUGGCACCAUGCCCAGCCCUCUGCCAAAGAAAGCACCUGUGGCAGCUGGUGGAAAAGAAGGAAGGCUGCAGGUCCCCCAAAAGGAGAUUUCAGGUGCAAAAGAUGCUGGCAGGAAGAGGGAUGUUGGGGAGAUCAGCCACUUCCUGGGCAACCUUCAGCUCCGCAACUUCCUCCCUGGCCCUUCCCAAGCUCCUCCUGACAAAGCUGCUGCCCCUCCUUCCUCUCCUGUGCCGGAUGGCUGGUCGUGUCCCUCCUGCACGUUCAUCAACAAGCCCACCCGGCCCGGCUGUGAGAUGUGCAGCAGAGACCGGCCUGCCAACUACGUGGUUCCUGGUGGCUACAGACCCGAUGAAAUGGAGCUCUGGCGGAUGAAGCAGGAAAAGGAAGGGAUUUUACAGUACCAGAAGACCCUGGAACAGGAACGGCUGCAGAACUUCCAACAGCUGCGCCAGCUGGAUGAAGAGGCUCUGGUGCCGAACCAGGAGGCAAUGGAGUGCCGCAUCUGCUAUUUGGACGUGGAGCCGGGCGAGGGGGUCUUGCUGCGAGAGUGCCUGCACAGCUUCUGCAGGGACUGCCUGCACCAGCUGAUCAACUGCAGUGAGGAGCCUCAGGUGGCCUGCCCCUUCCGGGAUGACUCCUACGCCUGCAGCAGCCAGCUCCAGGAUAGGGAGAUCCGGGCGCUGGUGUCGUGGGGCGAGUAUGAGCGGUUCCUGGAGCGGCGGCUGGCAGUGGCCGAGAGCCGGGCCCAGAACAGCUACCACUGCCAGACGGCCGACUGCCUGGGCUGGUGCAUCUACGAGGACGACCUCAAUGAGUUCCGCUGCCCCAUCUGCUGGGCUCUCAACUGUCUUGUCUGCAAGGCCAUUCACGAGGGCAUGAACUGUAAGCAGUACCAGGACAAGCUGCAAUUCCAGGCCCACCAUGAUGCUGCAGCCCGGGAGACCAGCAACAUGCUGAAGAUGCUGGUGCAGCUAGGAGAGGCCAUGCAUUGCCCCGUGUGCCGCAUCGUUGUGCAGAAGAAGGGAGGCUGCGACUGGCUCCGGUGCCCCGUCUGCCAGACGGAGAUCUGCUGGGUGACAAAAGGGCCACGCUGGGGGCCGGGGGGUCCUGGCGACACCAGCGGAGGAUGCCGCUGCAAUGUGGAUGGGGAAAGAUGCCACCCAAACUGUCAGAACUGUCACUGAGCGCCUGCUGAUGGGACACCAGGUUGGACUGGAUGCAGCACAAGGAGGUGUCCAAGUGCCCUUGGAAAAACAGCCCUGCCUUGAUCCCCACCCAUUGGCCAGGACUGACAUUGGGCAGUGGGGUGGGGAGGGGCCUCCGCAUUCUGUGUGUGUGUAGGGGGGGUAUGCUUUCCUCCCUCUCUGCACUUUUAGCCGUGUGGUGGAUGAAAAAGACAACCCCUCUUUUGAUGGCUGUGGCAGAUGCCCUUUCGACUCCUUCCCUGCACUGAUGCCAGGGCACUGGCCGUGGCUCUCGCCUGCCUCUUCCUUGGUUUGCAGGGGAAGAGCCAGAGAAAAAGGGUUGUGCUGUGCCUCUGCCCCCCCCCACUACCAGACUCUCGCUCCUUAAUCGGUUGCCAAAGAGACUUGGGUCCCCCACCCCAUCCGGAAGAGUCCCGGCUUUAACUGACAGUCCCUGGGAGCCAGUGUGUGAUGUUCAGCUUUGAGGGAGCAAGACCAGUGCCAAGGAAGGAGCAAGCCCAGGAUUUAUGUUGUGCACAGGAGGGAACAAAACCCCUUCAAUAAAGAACAGUGUAACACUG